AUGUGGAAAACAAUGAUUUUAUUAGUUCUAGUCAAUGUAAUAAAUGGAUAAUGUAGUUGUAGUAAAUUCACAGAUGAAUCAAGUUGUUUUGCUUAUGGCUAUUGUUUAUUUGUAAAUGGAGUUUGUGUUGAAUAAAAAUGUGAAGCCAUUCCAUAUUAAGAGAAAUGCAAAUCUCCACUUUGUUUAUGGAAAGACAAUAAAUGUUUAACAUUUAAAGCAGCAGAAUCAACAUGUCAAACUUUAUUACCUCAACAAUGUACUGAAUAUUAAGGUUGCUAUUAUGAUUAUACAAACCUUAAAUGUCAAAUUAGUAAUAAUUGUUCAAAACUUGAGAUUGAUUAAUGUAAUGGUUAAUUGGGAAAUGGUAAUUCUUGCAUUGUAGAUCCAUUCAAUAACAAAUGUUAAGAAAUGACUGAUUGCAAAUCUUUAUCAACUGAAUUUAUGUGUUUAAGUUAAUUUCCAUUUUGCUUAUAUUAGAAUUCCUCUUGUAAGCCAUCAUCUUGUAAUGAAAUAAAUGUAUAUUAAUAUUAAAUUCAAUUUAGGAUAGCGUUUCAUGCUCUAUAAUGGAUCAAUGUUAAUGGAAUAACAAUAAAUGCGAAAUUAAAAAUUGCUAAAGCAUAAAAUUUGGAUAUUAAUGUAAUGGAAAAACUUGUGGAUUCGAUAAAGAUCAAUGUUUUUCUUGUAUUGAAUAAUACGGUUAUCAGUUUUUUGCGGGCUUGAUAUCAUUAUUAUUUAUAUUGUGAGUG